AUGUCAAAAGACUCAAUAAUAGCACAACCAAUGGGGACAUUAAACUUCAAGGUACUGAGGCGAUACAACUCCACGCUUUUGAGGAGUUCAAAACACUUUGCGACCAACCCUAAAACGAUACUGGUCGUUUUAGUCGCCUUGUUUUUGAUGUUGUUUAACAUGAUACGACCAUUCAAUAACAGCCUAUAUGAGCCUGAUUUUGAAAACACCAAGAACACACAUUAUUACGAUUUGGACAACUAUAAAGGGAGUGAGGAUGGUUGGCAGAGAGGUGAACGCGUGGUCUUUCUGGUACCUUUGAGAGAUGCAGCUGCCCACUUGCCUAUGUUCUUUAGACACAUGAGAAAUAUGACAUAUCCUCAUCAUUUAGUAGAUAUGGCGUUUUUGGUGUCUGACUCCUCGGACAAUACAAUGGGAGUCCUUAAGGACAACCUUUUAGAGUUGCAGCAUGACCCUGAUCCUAAGAUCCAUUUCGGGGAAAUCAUAAUCUUCGAAAAAGAUUUUGGACAAGCUAUUGGACAAGGUUUCAGUGACAGACAUGGAUUUGCAGCCCAGGGCCCUCGUCGUAAGUUGAUGGCUCGUGCCCGUAACUGGCUCAGUUCGGUAGCUGUCAAGCCUUACCAUUCAUGGGUUUAUUGGAGAGAUGUCGAUGUGGAAACUGUUCCCACGACAAUCAUUGAGGAUUUAAUGCAUCACAAUAAAGAUGUUAUUGUUCCUAAUGUAUGGAGACCACUACCUGAUUGGUUAGGUAAUCAACAGCCGUACGACUUGAACUCGUGGCAAGAGAGUGAUGGUGGUCUACAACUGGCUUCAACUUUAGACGAGGAUGCAGUCAUUGUUGAAGGAUAUGUGGAAUAUGCUACCUGGCGACCACAUUUGGCCUACCUUCGGGACCCCUAUGGAGAUCCAGAAGCAGAAAUGCCAUUGGAUGGUAUUGGUGGUGUUUCCAUUUUGAGUAAGGCCAAGGUUUUCAAGAGUGGUAGCAAUUUCCCUGCAUUUUCAUUUGAAAAACAUGCUGAAACGGAAGGAUUUGGUAAACUAUCUAGAAGGAUGGGAUAUGAUGUUGUAGGGUUGCCUCAUUACGUGGUGUGGCAUAUCUAUGAGCCAUCUUCUGACGACUUAAAGCAUAUGGAAUGGAUGGCUAAGGAAGAAGAGAGACAGAGGCAAGAAAAAGAGAUUCAGGCCGUUUACAAAAAGUAUUGGGAUCAAGGAUUUGAAGACGUGAGCGAUGCAUGGGCAAAAGAAAGGCACUACAUGAUGAAGAACACAGAUUUUAGAAAACAAAGGAAAAUCGAAGUAGACUGGUCGGGUGAAGAUGACUACGAACCAGCGGUCAAAGCUAAUGCUGUUAAGGAUCAGGAUCGUGCCGCUAACUUUUAUCCUCAGUAA